GUUUGAGAACACAGCUAGCUGACUCCCCCUUUCAACUGCUUGGUUUCCCGCCUGUACCUCAAAAGGCUUGGUGUUUGGUUUGCCGGCUGCUGAUAACUGGGUCCUUCCUCCGUUUCCUUACCGUCCAUGCUGGAGUAGUGGGGAGCAGCUUCAAACAGCUACAGGGGUCCGCUCGUUGUGUUCCAAGGGCUGAAAAUAGUGAGCUUCUUUCGUUCUUCGUGGUUUCGCGGACGGACACUCCCCCACGAUGGUGUACUUUUCCCACUACAGGCCAGAUGAUUACUCCCGCGUGGAGUCUGACUUCUUAGCACAUAGUGCCAACAGGGCCGUUUUCCUUGCUGAAGACGCACUGGGAGAACAGGACGACGUGGUGAACCGCUCAAAAAUCAAGGACGACCGUCUGCUGCGGGACAUAAACCACAGAAUGGCUGCCGCCUCCCCCAAGGUACAAUUCUCUUCUCACAGCUAUCGCUCCAGGAGUGUUGGACGCGCCCCCAGCGUUCCCCCCAUGGGAGUCAGCUACAGGGCCUCCAGUGUGGCUAGAAGGCGCGCCAAGUCCGUGGAGCCCAUCCCAAUCAGCGUGGACUACUCUUUAAGAGCACACAGGAGACCCAUGCAGGACUCUUUGAUCACAGACCGAUUGUACUUGGACAGAGCCUAUGCCGCCGCUUCUGGCAUUGCAGACAGCACCAGGGGCUUGGAUUGGGACACCGGAAGGCACUCCAUCCUGUCCCCGUCGUUCACACCUUACGGCGUCUCGUCCUACUACUCGAGCGUCUCCCGCUCUCGCCGUGCGUCCUCCGUGCCUCCUCUGCCGGUGUAUAGUAGCUUGUACAGCAGGUCCGUGCGCAGAGGUGGAGGAGAGGACAAGGAGCAAGAGUACGUGUACCCAGGGAGUCACUACCCGAGCUUCAGGAGCCUUGUUGGGCACGUCUCACCCUACCGGUCGUACUCAUCAUACGGACUUGGGCAAAGCGGGGAUCGGCUUAGCUACUCGUACGGGAGGAGCCACCCGGUCCCGUCAGGCACGACCAGAAUUAAGGUGGAUCUGAGUGGUAGAGGAGGCGAACCUGAUGUCAGGUUUUAUCAGCAUAUGCCGUCCAUAAUAUCAAGUCCCUGGGCAAAGGUUCUGAAAAUAUCGGAUGUUUCUGAUAGGCCUUGGAGACACUCACUUGUAACUUCAGCUCCGAAACGUAGCCCCUUGCACAUCGAGAAAAGGCUCUUGACCAUGACCGAGCCCGAUUUCCCUCCCCCAUCCCACUUUCGACAUUUACGAACGAUGUUGGGUGAAUUACACAACACAAUGGAUAAGGAGCGUAUGCUGAUUGACAGAUACUUAAAGGAAGACUUGGGACCCGAGACAACUAGUCAAAAGACAAUGAAAUCGGUGUCUUCCAGCGAAAGCCAAGGCAGCUCGCAGUAGAACGAUGAGCUAGUAGCAGACGAUACCACAAUUGAAAAUUACCCACUUUACCGCCGAAAAUGAGUGAACACUCAUCCAAACAAACAAAGAAUAAGAAACUAUAAGCUGAAUAUUCUCCGCGAGCUGCCGGUGGAGACAGUUGCAAUUUAUUCUGGCAUUAUUAUCUAACACUUGUUAUGCGACUUCAGCUCAUUUCGUAAUCAAACGGCCUGAAGCUUUGAACGGUUUGUCAUCUGCUCGAAUGCUUUAUGGAGUUUUGCCAAGUUUUUGAUGCAGUUGACUGCCGCCGACUGAAAGGUUCAUGCUGAAACAAGACGCUCCAACGUCUUGGUCACUUGAAAAGAACGAGUUAAAAAGGUUUAGACGGAAGAAAGCAACGGAACUAAAAAUAGAAAAUUAUUUACAAAAAGCUAGCUUAUUUCGUAUUCAUUUUUCAAAUCUCAUCGAGCCAUCAGCUGAGUACACUCAUGUUAUUUUCUCAUAUCUAUUAUCUCAUAUUAUCUCAUAAUGACGCCGUACCUAAGUAACGUGAUAAAUUGAAGCUAACGUGGAAGGUCAGAGUUCGUUCGGAACUUAGUCAUUAAGUCAACUAGAUCGUCAGCAGAUAUAAAGAGGGGAACUGAGGCAGAGUAGUGGAACGGACUCGGACUCAAUAAAGCUUCGAAACCCAAUCAACCAACAGGGAAAACGACAAACAAACGGACAAAAAAAGAUGGCGCGCAUCCUAACGCUACUCUGCCUUAUUUUCCCACCACGAAAACAACGGAUGCACAGAAAGGGAAGUUAGCCAAAAGUUACAAACACUGCCAACGGCAUUCACACCGCAGACGAACAUGUCGAUUACGUUUUCUCAGCAGACGACAACGUGGAGACGCAUACGACUGUGGACUGAAAUGUACUGUGUUCCUCCCUCUGGAUCCCACUCCUGAGGCUGUCUUGUUGUUGUUAGUGUAGACCCAUUUGGGUGCUGUGCAUGUAGAAUCUUCCACUCACAGGGCAAAGACGUUCAUAGUUAUAAUCUGCCGUAUAUAAGCCAGUAGUAUUAUUACCCUGUAACGUGAAUGCGUAUUAUUAAGAAUUUUUGAAAGUCGAGACACGUGUGAAUACUGAAUCGGUACUAUGACGGAUUUAAGGUUGGACGGUACGACUCCUUUAAUGUAUCCCGUUGCUUUAAUAAAAUUUUAUAGAAAAUG